AUGGAUCGAAGUUGGAUGAAAGCAAAACGCAUCAGUGAUGAGUAUGAGAACGGGGUGGAACAAUUUCUACAGUUUACGCAACUUAAUGCUGAAAGUUUGAGGGGCAAUUAUUUUUGCCCAUGUGUUAAAUGUCUUAAUGGUAGACGACAGUCAGUUGAUGAAAUCCGAUCACAUCUGAUAUGUUACGGCAUCAUUCCGAAUUACACAAAAUGGAUAUGGCAUGGGGAAUCGGCCGACAUUCCAACUGUUUCUCAGUCUCAGGCGGUUCACGAAGACAGCGGAGAGCAUAUAGAGGAAAUGAUCCGUGAUCUUGGACAAGAGACUUUUGAGCAAGCGCAUGCACCUCUGUAUGAUACAAUAGAACGUGAUUCCAACACGCCAUUGUAUCAGGGGUGCACAUCUUUCACGCGGUUGUCAGCAGUGUUAGCUUUGGUAAACUUGAAGGCAAGAUUUGGGUGGAGUGAUAAAAGCUUCACUGAAUUGCUGGUCUUAUUGAAGAACAUGCUUCCUGAACAAAACACUUUGCCGAAAAAUCACUACGAGGCCAAAAAGAUUUUGUGUCCAGUGGUAUUGGAGUACAAGAAGAUCCAUGCAUGCCCUAAUGAUUGCAUAUUAUAUAGAAAUGAGUAUGCAGAACUACGGCAAUGCCCCACGUGUGGGGUAUCACGAUACAAAGUGCAACAUGAUGAAUUAACUGAUGAUGCAAGAACCAAAAAUUGUCGUCCUGCCAAGGUGUGCUGGUAUCUUCCAAUAAUACCAAGGUUUAAGCGAUUGUUUGCUAAUGCACAUGAUGCAAAAAACCUUUCAUGGCAUUCGGAUGACCGAAAAUCUGAUGGAUUACUGCGACAUCCAGCCGACUCGCCAUAG